AGUACGUUCAGUUAACUCAAUUUAAAUUUUUAACGUUUGGUUUAAUUUAAUCAUUUGUUUACUCACUUAUUUCUAAUUUGUUUCUUAAAGUUUAUUUAUAUUUGAACAUAAUGGGAGAACAAGUCCAAGACGAAAAUAGUGACGUUGAUUUAAAUAACACUGAAGUUUCCUUUGAUAACUUAACCAUUUUAAAAGAAUUCAGCAACAUUGCAAAUCUUGUAAAAAAUGAAGACUUCUUGGAAACGGUUCCUAAAGCAAAGCUUCGACGAGUAAAAUGGGUACCUAUGUUUAACUGUUUGAAACAGGGCAUUUUAGAUGAAAUGGUACAAGAACUUAGCACAAUGUGGAGAUAUGAGAAUAUACCAGCAAAGUUGGAAAUACUAGAAAAACAAAAGGAAAAGUUUGCAGAAAUUAAUUCAGACAAAAAAAUGUGGAGGCCACAAUUAGGUGAUGUUAAAGCACAGUUAAAAGCCAGUGAUUGUGUCAAUCUACAAAAACAGAAGGUUUUAUUAGAAUCACUUGCUAAGGAAUAUGAAGCAAGAGUUGCCCAACUGAAGAAAACAAUUUUAGCAAAAAGAGGAUAUCUCAAGGCUUUGCAAAUGGAUAUGCAAAAAUAUCAAAGAAAAAAUGAAGAUUUUAUCACUAAAAUUGGUGACAGAUUGGAAAAUCAUGAGAAUUUAAUCAAAUCAUUAAUACCAAAUAAGAUGCCAGUUCAUGAAAUUAUUUGGACAGAUAUUGAGUUGGAGAGUAAGGAGUAAAUUGAUAAUGCACAGUCAUUUGAAUAAAAUUUAUAUAUUUCAGAAAAUUGUACACACCUGAGAAAAGUACAACGAAAUAUCAUAUUUUGAACUCAAUUUUUUCAGAAACUUACUGUUUACUAGUGUAGAUAAAAGGAGAUAAUAAAAUGUUAGUGUUCAUUUUAAAGUGAUACUGACAGUAAACCACAUAGAAAUCUAAUUUAGCAGCAUUCUGUUCAACUAUACCUAAUUUCACUAUACAUUUGGAUUGUUCAAACAGAUAAAAGAUUUUUAAUAAGUAAUUGUAAGCAACAAACUUACCAUAUAAACAGAUAAAUUAUAAAUUUGUUUAAAUAUGAAUUAAUAUUGAUAAAAUAUAUAGAGAAAAUGAUACCCUAUUAGCAAAAUACAUCAAAAAUAGUACAAUAGCAUAAGAAAUUACAGAAUUUUAUGCUUUAUUAUAAAUGCAAAUUAAAAUAAAACAAAAAUAAAUCUCUUACUUUAAAUAGUUAUAUUUAUUAAUGAAAAUCAUUGGACAAUGUUAACAUAGCUAAAAAUAAAAUUGUACAAUGCAAAAUCUGCAUAUAAUUUUAUAUUAUUUUAUAAUUACAGCAAUUGCACUAUUGUUGCGAGGACUAUACUGUUUCUACCACCUUCAAUCAUUGAAAUUAUUCCAUUCUAUGACUUGUUAUUGCAAACUGUCAAAGCCUCACAUAGGAGAUCAUGCCAAAUAUAUAAUUUCAUCAUUAUUUACUUAUUUUUUAAGAAUAAUACUGAGUGCAAAAUAACAUUAAUUGAUUACUCACUCCCUAAACAACUGUUUCCAAUUUGAUCUUAAAAACAUAUUACUGAAACAGGAAGGAGGCAAUGAACUAACAUACCUAAAUAUUUAUAUACAAGUCAAGCAUGUGGAUUUAGUUAUAUGAUGCAAGGUAAUGUGGCACCAUAAUCAUUUUACAUGAAACAAGACAUUCACAGAAAAGUUUCCUGAAGGGCAUGUUAGUUCUAUUUUAUUAAGCCAUCCUUUUUAUUUCUAUACAUUUAGAAGUGAUGAACAUUUUUUAAGUAAGUGACAGUGAUUUUUUUUGUUUAGGCCAGCCCUACAAGAAGAUUAUUUUACUUCAAGAAAAUAAAUGUCAGUGAAAUAGUUAUAA